UCAGAGAGUAUAUGCUGCCUUGGCUUGUCGUUGCUAAGCCUAAGAAAGAAGCACAAAUUAGCCCUUGCUAAGUCUCUCGAUUGAUGUGAUUUCAUCUACGAUUCUAGAAUAUAUUAUGCUAUCGUUUUGAGAAAAUCAGAGUGACACCAUGAGUUCAGAUGAUUCUUUUUUCUCUGAUGGAAGUCGAUCUGACCGAAGUCCUCUGUCGGACGAUGAAGAUAAGCCAGACAUAGGAGGUCUAGGACUAAAGGUUGUGGAUAUACCAACAGGAAGUCAAAGCUCUCAGAGAUCUCACCAUAGUACAUCAGGAUCAGAUGACUUCUCUGAUGAUUCCCCACGCCGGUCAGCUCAGCGCAGCACCAGGGAGACGCCCUCGCCGAGGAGGAGGAGAAGAAAGAAACAUGCUGUGGUGACCCUCAAAGAUGGUUCUGUCCUUGACCUCACUCCCCCUGAAGAAUUGCUACCUCAGUGUGAGCGCAAGGCGCGUUACUACACAAGCAAGAAAGAGACUGAUAAAGCAAUCAGGGAGUGGUCUCGCUACACUGCACUUUGUCGCCUGGUUCAUGGUUUAGAACACUGGAAGCUCGCCGAGGGAUACGUCUUCCUGGCUCAUGCCUAUCUCACUCUGAGAGGAUUACCGGCACAAGCACAGGCCCAUUCUGAGACAGCAAGGACUAUCAUGUUAAACGGUCUUCAUACGUCAGAAUCAGACGAAUCCAAGAGUCAACUGAUGGGAACGCUUCUGCUCAUGUACUAUGUACUCGGAAGAGCCCUCACAUUACUCAAGAAAUAUCAGGAGGCAGAGCAAAAUCUGGUGAAAGCCGAGAGAGUUUCACAAGAACUCUCUAAACUGACCGGAGAGAGGGAGUCUUCAAGAAGAAUUCAGUUGGAUAUUGAUGUUGCAAUUGCUUUAGCCAAACUGUAUGCUAAACAGCAGAAGUUUGCCCUUGGGUCUGGCUUCUACGAGAAAGCAAUCCGACUCACAGAGGAACAGUAUGGGAACGACAGUCCGGAUCUGAUACCCAUCUAUCAAGACAUGGGAAGAUUAGAACAGAGCAAGAAGGAGCAUGCAAACCAAGACAAGGCAACGGAACACUUCUUGCAGGCGCAUUCCAUUGCUGUGGCAAGGUAUAGUGGACAGAGUGAGGAGGUUGCCGAGACAGCUCACGCCCUUGCCCUCGCUUAUUCAGAAUCGGCCACAGCAGAGGCAGAAACUGCUGCUGAACAGUACCUGAAUGAGAGUCUAGGGAUCAGACAGGUUCUCUUUGGUCCCCAUCACGCUAAGACGAUAUCAACCCAGGACGAUCUAUGUCGGCUUCUCAUACGCACAGACAGGACAGAUGAAGCAGUUUCCCUAUUGCGAACCUUAAUAACCUCAAAGAGCGCCACCUUUGGUGACCUCAGUGCAGAGGUCGGAGAGGCCUACAAGCUCUAUGGAUCAAUACUCAUGUCACAGGGGCAGCUUGAAAAGGCUCUCAAGUUUUUCAAAAAGAGUUACAACAUUGAGAGUACAGUGUAUGGACCUGGUCAUAAGAAAGCCAAAGCCACUCAACAAACCAUUGAUAUGCUCCUGCAGUCUCCGAUGCUGGCUGCCAAGGAAGGCCAGACCAGGGCGGGGCAACUCAAGAGACGACCGAGAUUCAAUGCUACGGUAGGGAAGACUGCUCCUUCGGGGAAUGUGAAGUCUGCCUGGGAUUGAUGAACUCACCAAUUAUUCACAAGUAAAUUCUUAUUCAUAAACCAUACCUACCUAUUGCCAACUUUUUUUCCCCUUUUUUUUGGGGGGGGUGAGAGCAGAUUUGGUGAGAUCGAUUGCUAUUUUAGUAGAUUUUUUUGACAAUCUAUCCCUUUUUUUUUGUUUGGAUUACUUCAGUUUGAAAUCAGCUUUGUUCAUUUGCAUUUGACUGGGGGGGGGGGGGGGAUUGUCAUCACACGGUGUGGAUAUUAUGCUCUUGUAGUCCAGGAUAGAAGAGGCAUAACCUUGUUUUUUUAUGUAUACAAUAUUUUUUGAUGGUUUCUUGUCAAUUCGAGGGUGCUGAUUACGAAUCUGGAUGGUGCCACUCAUGUAACCUUGAGUAUUCAUUUGUUCAUACAUCGCGAAUUUUGCAGUUUAGUGCAUAUUUUUGUGAAAAUUAUUUUUCCCUAUUCAUAUUGUACAUAAUAGUGUAUACAAUGGC